AAUAAAUGCACACGGAAUUCUUUUCACUCGCGUUUACAUUUGCUUCAAGACUACAAAAUUGACAGUUUAUCUAUUUUUUUAAAAACUUUUUCUUAUUUUUUUGUGUUUUUAUUACUAGUCUGAGUUAUAUGAGUUAUUAAGUGUUCCUCUAGGCCUUUUUUUAUUUGUGGUUUAAUACUCUUAGUAGGCCUCCUAGGCUUUGUUUAGGCUCCCACUCAUUCAGGCAAGCUCCUGAACUCUGUCAAAGCAUCAGUAGCAACUGACGUCUCCACUGAGUCCUGCGUAUUCAGUCUUUCAUGGAGUCUCCUCGGAGCGGGUCCACGGCCCUGGAGCGCCUACCCUUCCGCAACACGGCGCUGAGGAGGCUGCCGGUGGAUGACUCGGGCGAGGCCGGGUCCCGGACGGUCCCGGCGGCGUGUUUCUCACGGAUUCGGACUCUCCAGCCCCUGGCCCGUCCCGAACUCGUGGCCCUGUCCCGGUCGGCGCUGGCUCUGCUCGGCCUGGGGGAGCAGGAGGUGCUGAGCGACCCUCGGGGCGCGCAGUAUCUGAGCGGCUCCGGGCUGCUGCCGGGCUCCGAGCCCGCUGCGCACUGCUACUGCGGCCACCAGUUCGGGCUGUUUGCGGGUCAGCUGGGAGACGGAGCUGCGAUGUACCUGGGGGAGGUCGAGUCGGGCAGCCGCGGGCGAUGGGAGAUUCAGGUUAAAGGUGCAGGAGUCACACCCUACUCCAGAGACGGUGACGGCAGGAAGGUGCUUCGCUCCAGCAUCAGAGAGUUCCUGUGCAGUGAGGCCAUGGCUGCCCUGGGGAUACCCAGCACCCGUGCAGCCUCCAUCGUGACCUCUGACCUCUGUGUCAUGAGAGAUCCGCUCAACAGUGGCCAGCGGAUUCCUGAGCGCUGCUCGGUGGUGCUGCGCCUCGCCCCGACCUUCAUCAGGUUUGGAUCCUUUGAGAUCUUUAUGGGUCGAGAUGAAUUCUCAGGCCUGCAGGGUCCCAGUGCAGGGCGGAAUGACAUUCGCUCUCAGCUCUUGGAUUAUGUCAUUGAGACUUUCUUCCCUUGCGUUCAGCAGGCUCAUCGCAACCGAAAAGAUAGAAAUAUGGCUUUUUUCAGAGAGGUGAUGACGCGAACUGCCGAGCUAGUGGCCAAGUGGCAGUGUGUUGGUUUUUGCCACGGCGUCCUAAACACAGACAACAUGAGCAUCUUGGGUCUAACUCUGGAUUAUGGCCCCUUUGGUUUCAUGGACAGAUUUGAUCCAGAUUUGAUCUGCAACGCCUCCGACAAAAGAGGCCGCUACUCGUACCAAGCCCAGCCGUCUGUGUGCCGCUGGAACCUGGCUCGCCUGGCUGAGGCGCUGGGCUCUGAGCUGGAUGUCGCUGAGGCAGGGGCUAUCCUCGAUGACUUUAUGACCACAUACGAAGCCUUCUACCUGUGUAUGAUGAGGAGGAAGCUGGGCCUUGUGCGCCGAGAGGAGGCGGAGGACAGCGAGCUGAUAUCAGACCUGCUGCGUGUCAUGCACAACACUGGUGCAGAUUUCACAAACACCUUCCGCCUGCUGUGCUGUGUCCCCUGGCCUGAGGAUGGCGACAGUGAGAGGGAAGCCGUGGGGCCAGUGGUGGACCUCAUCCUUCAGCAAUGUGCCUCCAUUGAGGAGCUUAAGGUGGCAAAUAAGCCAACUAUGGAUGACCGUGAAUUGGCGAUGAUUCUGUCCAUGGCCCAAACCAAUCCGGUUAUGUUCAGCAUGGCGGCAGGCAGCCCGGCUGUGGCCCAGCAGCUGGAGCGGAUGGGCCGGCUAAAGGAGCUGCUCGAGACGGAUCAAGGCGAGCUUAAGGAGAAGCAGUGCGAUGACUGGAUCCGCUGGGUUAGUCGAUACAGGAGGCGUUUGACCAAAGAGUGUGAUGAUGGCACAAGUGACUUGUCUCCCAUCAAAGAUCAGAGGCUCAGUGUGAUGUACAGCAACAACCCCCGUGUCGUCCUACGCAACUACAUCGCCCAGAAUGCAAUUCAGGCUGCAGAAAGGGGAGACUUCUCUGAGAUAAACAGGGUCCUCAAAGCUCUGGAGGAACCAUAUUCUGACACAUCUGGACUGGAGCCUUUGGAUGCAUGUGGGGGAAAGGAGCAGAGGAUGAGGGAUUUGACUGUAUGUUAUGACAGGAAACCUCCUGCCUGGGCACAAAGGAUUUGUAUCACCUGAUCCUCCUAGAGCCUCCCAGGCAGCUGAGGGAGGGAGGGAGGGAGGGUGGUCUGUUUUCAAUGGUUGACCAAAGUUUUCACAGCAGACAAGAUGUGGGUUGCUGGUAGUGUUACUAUUGCUGGUCUCCAUUUCCACCCAUUUUCCACCUAUCUCUCCUGCUUUCUGAAGGGAGAUAUUACCCAGUGUCUUCCUGUGUUCAUCAGUAUUGCCAAUGAUCAGUGUUUGUGUUCUUAUCUGUUUUUAUUGUGUGAAUGUGUUUAAGAGUAACACAGAGCAUCAUCAAAAUUCAACAAAUAAUUUCUGUUGAAAUGAAAUAGUUAUUCUCUAAAAGAUACACAGACAAUUUCCAUGAAGCUGAUUUUGAUGUGAGUAUUCUGAGUAUUAAUGUAGAAUCACACCUUCAAGAGAUCAUCUUUGCUGAUGAAGUAUGACGGCUCAGGCGACCAGUCACACAGCGACCUGUCUGAGUUUGAAACACCAGGAACACACUGACAUCAAUAAUUAACAGGUUAAUGAGGUUGAUCUAUCAAUAGUUGCAAUUCUAUGGCAUUUUGUUCCUACAAUUUCACAAUGUUUGAUAUUCUGACUAUCAUAAAGUCUGUUAAUUGCCAAACCUGGAACCAGCCUUUUUAUUACAUGAGGAUAUGUAUGUUUGUUUGAGCUUUUCUCACUGGUGGACAUCAUGAAUUUACAUGUAACAUUUUAAUUGAGUGUAUUGAGUUUACUUUAUCACAUUAUUCAUUCAGGAUCAUAUAAAAAAAAAGAUAGAAAUGUAUUGUAUUAUAUAUGUCUUAUAUUUCAUCCGCAUUUGCAUAUU